UGCACGCCAACCACGUCAAGAUUGUCAACCACAGCACUGGCGACGCGAAGGCCAAGACGCUGCCGUCCGUCGUCUCAUUCCCGUCAACAGGCGCACCAGCUGUGGGCUUUGUCGCCGUAGCCGCCGAAGCCUCUGAUGCGGAUGUUGUUACAGUGCGCAGUGCCAAGCGCCUAUUAGGGCAGUCGCUCGCCGACGCAUUGCCGGACCAAAAGUACCUCUCGUACAAACUCUGCGAGGGCGAAAGCGGCCACGUGUCGAUCGCGCUACCGGCGCGCAAGACGAGCGUGACGCCGUCCGAGGUCGCGGCGUUGCUGCUCUCGGAGCUCAAGAAGGCCGCCGAAGCCAAGCUGAACGAACGCAUCGCCAACUGCGUGCUCACGGUGCCCGCGUACUUUACCGAGCCGCAGCGCCAAGCGACGCUCGAGGCGGCCGCCAUGGCUGGCUUUUCUGCUGUCCGACUCCUGAACGAACCCACGGCAGCCGCCAUGGCCUACGGGCUCUUUGUGGCGGGCACGAAGCGCGUCGUGGUCUUCGACUUUGGCGGCGGCACACUCGACGUCUCGGUGCUGCACAUUGCUGAUGGCACGUUCACGGUCGAGGGCGUUGGGGGUGACACGCACCUCGGUGGCGAAGACAUUAACAACAUUGUCUUUGACCACGUGCUGCAGUCGAUCGCCAAGAAGCACGGGCCGUUGGCGCUGCCGUUGGCGACGCCCGACAUGGUGCAGCUCCAGCGCGCAGUCGAAGCGGCCAAAAUCGCACUUUCGACUGAUGACGAGACCGUACUUCGACUGACGAACGUCGGGCACGUGGCGCUGCACGAGAUGACGCUCACGCGCCGCAAGCUGGACGCGCUCUGCGACCCGCUCUUCAAAAAGUGCUUGCGCAUCACGCGCGAGGUGCUCAAGGCGAUCGACGUCGACCCGAGCGACGUCAACGAAGUCGUUCUUGUCGGUGGCUCGACGCGCAUCCCGGCGAUCCGAGCGCGUCUUCGCGCCUUCUUCAACGACAAGGAAUUGUGCACGUCGGUCAACGCCGACGAGGUUGUGGCCGAAGGUGCUGCGAUCCAGGCUGCGAUUCUCAGCGGCGUCGACAAGAAAGUCUUCCAGGACGUGCUCAUGCUUGAUGUGAUCCCGAUGAGCAUCGGCAUUGAAAAGGCGGACGGAGCGAUGGAAGUGCUCAUUCCGAAGAACUCGCGGAUUCCCGUGUCCGUGACCAAGUACUUUGACACGGCGGUCGACGACCAAGCUGGUUUUACGAUCGAGGUGUUUGAGGGCGAGUCGCCUGUGGCGCGCGAGAACACGUACCUGACGUACUUUGACUUUGUGCUGCCGCGCAAGACCCGGGGCAAGGCCGGGUCGAUCCAGCACCCAGUGACGCUGAGCAUGAACGCCAACGGCCUCCUCCAGGUCAAGGCCGGCAUCCUCCACGAUGAAGCCGUCGACGCCGAAGACGCGAGCGAGGCGCAGCGCUCGAUGCUCGUCCUCUGCGUCUACAUGGGCUGCCUCAUCGCCGUCUACGUGUUUGUCCGCAUCUACUUUGCCGACCAGCGGCUCUGGUACACGGACGAGUACGCUUCGGCCUCGGACGACUUGUAGUUUCUGAUGAAUACUAAAAUGUAGUAGCAUGAUAGUAUGGCCAAUGGUACAGUCGUUGUUAAUCGAUAACUUAGUUUCUUUUGCAA